UGGAAAAGGAGGCAAGGCAAGCACGCUUCAAUUAAUCAACUACCAAUCAACUCAACUCCUACACCAACGCACCAGUCUAUUAUCAGAACCACCGCCAACCAUAAAAAUAAACCCACUCGUUUGUCUCCAGUCCAAUUCAAAACAGUCCUCUCGACUCUCCUACUUGAAACAAAAAAAAACAAACAGAAAAAGAAGAAGGACUAAUUAUACCUACCAUCAUUCUCCCUCAGCCAGUUAGUUACAAAAAAAGUUUUGAGACAUUCGAAGUUUUUAUACUUUGUUCGAAAUCGUGAAAAAUAGACUGCUACAGAUUAUCCUUUUGAGAUGAGAACGCUUAUUUGAAAUAGACGUCUAGACUGGUCCAAGAUUAGUUCAAUGAACUGCUGGUCUCUGGACCAAUUACAAAAACAAUUCAAACCAAUUACAAAAACAAAAAUAUAAAUUUGGAUUAUCAUCAUUUUCCUUCAACGAAUACAACUCGAACUCAGAUGCUGAGAAAACAUCUACCAAAUAAUUCUUUAAUCGGCAGCUAUUUCAAAAACAGAUACAAAAAGACGAUUGUCACAACCGGGACUCAAAAUCCGACAAAUGCAACCCCACCAAUCCACUCAGGGAAACAAUAACAAUGGCAACAAAAACGUAGUCAAAAAGACAACCAGCUACCCAUUCCAGGUCCAGUCAACUUCACAUCCAUCAGCAGCAACAAAAUCAGAUGUAAGCAAAGUUCACCACCGACUAAGUGCUGGAAACAUGACAAUUCAAAGUCUGCCUUUCGAUGAUCCAUCGGGCGCAGAACGAACGAGCGACACUCGCACGGUAAAACAGGAAACACUUCAGCCAUCCCAACUAAUAACAUCGCCUGAAGAGCCGGGCCCAGUUCUACAGUGGAAUGAAAUCAUGGGCGUUUCUUUUGAGUCUCCAACGGAACCGGAGCCUAUGGAGAUGGAAUCCUCGUUGCACCUCCAGCAUCCAUCUCAUAACCUUCCUGGUGGGGCCGCAGAGUUGGAACAGCAGAUAUCUUCACCAAGCAAUGCAUCUGCGCCUCCUCAUACAUUAGACUCUUCGCAGCAAAUGAUGGCCAGCAACCCUACUAUGGUGCCAAACCCAAGUAUUUCAAACCAAAUCUCAACGGAAGACAAAAACUUCAUCUACAACACACUCCGCAGCGGAAUGCUGAAACAAGAGCCGCCGGGACAUGCUUCUUAUCCAGUAAAUCCCAACAUCCGCGGAAACUACCGAUCACUCUCUAUUCCAAACACACAACACAGUAUCCACGGCGUGGACACGACAAACCCAUAUCAUCCUUUACUCUUUCACGAUGUUAACUCUUCGUCCGUCCUUAGUUCCAUUUUCAGCAUGGACCACCCAGCAAGUCAACACGAACAGAGCAUGCAGCAACAACAUCAAAACUUCCUCAUGCAUGCCAAUGCAAAACAGUUUCAUGAAAUGAACGCUCAGAGAACACCCAGACAUCUUCAAGGCGAACACCCUGGUCAAGGUCAGAGAAUUGACAGGGAGUUGUGGGACUUCCUGGAAGACAUAGAGCCAUUCAACCCCAAUAUAAACAUGUAUCAGCAACAUGUCACCACAUCAUGUGGAGCAUUUCAGAUGCAGCAGGGAGUUGUUGGCACUCAGUCCCAGAUGGAUCCAAAUUUUAGUGCACAAGGAAUGGCGCGGAAACGGCCUGCCGACCUUCUAGCUAUGCGCAACUUGAGCAGAAACUAUCUGCAACAAACCCCGUUUCAGACUCAAGCACUUCCACCCAACUUUUCUAAAGGCGCCACCCAGUCAUUUCUAGAGCGCAGACCCUCUGAGAACCUUAGACUCGACCACCCGAUGCAGUCCGUUGAUUUCUCCCCAGCUGCUGUUUUCUCAUCUCAAAAACCGUUUGCUUCGGCAUUGACGUCGCCUACCGGUAGCAUCGUGGGACUCCCUGGACACCCGCAUAUGGGAAGAAACAAGCGACCUAGUUUAGGUAGCGCAGCAAGCGGAGCGUCAUUAUCAGUUGAUGACUCAUGGUCCAUCAGUAGCGACAGCAGUGCUGCAAACUCUCCUUGCCUCCAACCAACUGCAUAUCACCAACAGGAGAUCAAUGUUCUCUUGCCAGGUCAGAUAGAACGGCAGGAGGUUCUGUGUGCUGUAUGUGGGGACAAAGCGGCAUGUCAGCACUACGGCGUGAAAACAUGCGAAGGUUGCAAAGGAUUCUUCAAGAGGACUGUGCAAAAAGGCAACACAUACUCAUGCUCGGGAAGUAAAAAUUGUGCAGUAACUAAAAAAACAAGGAACAGAUGCCAAUACUGCAGGUACCAGAAGUGUCUAGCAGUCGGAAUGGUUAAGGACGUGGUUAGAUCUGACUCUCUGCGUGGUCGCAGAGGCAGACUCCCAUCCAAGGCUAAAACGCAAACUCCUCCCUCCACCUCUUCCACCAUAUCAUCAUUUCCCGAGUCCUUCGAGGACUCGCCCGUGAGCAAGUCUCGCAGCGCCACUCUCACUGCAUCCGUUUCCGACUACUACUCGUCCACCGAGGCCAGUGGCAGCUUUGGACUCAGCUGGAGCAACUCAGAUGACAUCGGCAUGACGUCAUCUUCGGCUUCUGCAAGUCAGUCAACGAUGGAACCAGCACUGCAGAACUUCGUCACCAUGCUCGUAUCUGCUUUCGAGUCUAUGGGUCAAUCUUCUAGCUUCGAUUCCAGUCUCAUGGACGACCAAUUAAAUCUUAGCGCCAACAAAUUCGAGGACUCCGGUUUUAAGUCAUUCAAACUAGAAGAUGCCGACGAAUCCGCAUCCUCCGCAACGACAUCUCUAGCCAGCAAUGCGCUACAUUUGGACCAGCAGGCAAGCCAGAGCAGUCCUCGUCACAUCUGGGCAGAGUGCAAGGACAUUAUGAUCAAAUAUGCCAACAAAAUAGAAGAUUUUAAAACAUUAUCAAGCAUGGACCAGCAGAAACUAAUUGAGGCAUCCUGGGUUGAAGUUGUCAGUCUCUACACAGCAUAUCACCUAGCCAACAGUCACGAUCUGAAAAGGUUUAAACUACCAAAUGGGGCGUCGAUGACAGAGGAAGAGGUGCAGCAGAGCUGGCCAGAAUGGGCUGACGCUGUUCAAUCAAUUUGGAUGUCUCUCAAACCCCUCAACAUAUCCCCCGAAGUUUUCAGUUGCCUUGCGGCAUACUCGCUCUUUUACGAUGAGCUGGAAAUACAAAACAUUGAACUCGUCAAGACACUUCAAUUAAAAGUUGUCCAAGGGUUAAAGAAAAUACUAAAAUUCGAAGAAGAGCAAACCAACAAAUUUGCGAAAGUACUCUUAGUGAUUCCAAAACUGAAAGAUGCGAAAGAAAAGCUUAAACAACGACUGCUUUAAAGAACCAAAGCGACCGACAAAGUUUGGUGCUCUUUAAUUUAUUUUCUUUUCACAGUAAAUGUUUAAUAUUAAUAUCAUUUCGCCAUUGCUGUUAAUUGUAACUUACACAUCCUUCGCCAGAGUAAUAUUUAAAUUUCUAUUUCGGUAAAUCACGAAUUCAAUUCUUGUCAUACA